CACAAUUUCAUGGCGGACUUGUCACUUGGCAAUUUCUAACAAAACAACUAAAGAAAUUUUAACCACAAAAACGUGAUAACUCACACAUUUUAUAACUUAACAACGAUGUCUACAGUCUCCGACUGUUUCUCCAUCGGCAGUAUAGUCGCAACAAGGACAUGUUACAACGAAGAAAUUGAAGGCGAAGUAUUGGCUUUCGAUCCCCAGACGAAAAUGUUGAUUCUCAAAUGCCCGUCCUCGAGUGGUAACCCAAAGCGGCACGAUGUCAACAUCGUCAAUCUAUCGCUGGUCAGCGAUGUUCAGAUAAAGAAAGAGGUCACAACAGUUCCGGAACCGCCUCAAUCACUAAAUCUGCAUAGAUUGAAUACACGAGUUAGAAAUUCGAUAGAAAAUAAACGCAGACUGGUCUCCGCCCUGUCAGCGUGCUUAGAUCCCGAAGGUCAGAGGCUGUUCAUGGCCAUUGCCCGCGUCAUAGAUGACGUGUCAUGGUCAGGACAAAGCAUCCGGGUGUAUAAUGAAGUCACCAUCACACCACCUUACAAGGUGGAAAACGUCUUAGGAGAGCAAGACUCAAAACCCUACAAUUACAUUAGGAAAUUCGUGGAGAGACACUGGCGAGAUCAUAGAGACAACGCGGCAAAUUCCUCAAGACACCAAUAAAGAAAUUAUUUUAUUCACAUACACCAUUGGUAUACAAAAACCUAGACAUACCCGCAGCUCAUUGUUGUUAUUAUCUCAUGUGAGUGGUAUACGUAUUUAACAAUAAUCAAAAUAUGAUAACGCUGUUGCCCACUAUUUCAACGCAGUUGGUCCAGUUUUUUUUAUCUCACAAGAACAUUUGUUUCCCGGUCAAAAAAGUAUACUUUCUGUCUCUAGGAAGCGAAAUAUGCGACAAUUUGGUCAAAAUUAAUGUUGCUUUUAUACACGGUUCAAUAAAAAAUACCAGAAAGCUCUUGCGAUUUGCCAGAGAGUCGCAGGUUCAAAUCCUGUCGGUUCCGAAAAUGUUUAUAUGCAUUUUAAAUUACAAUAAAAUAUACAUAAAUACUUAUAAUAUGCAGAUAAACGCCCAGACACUGGAUAAUAGACAAACACACAUGCGAAUUUAAAAUAUUAGUAUGGAUGUGCUAAUAAGAAUUUCCCGGACUGAUUGCUUAACAUACAAAACAUUUUAUUGCCUGGGGUAGUUAGAUUAUCCUAUCAUCUUGUGUUUACAGACAUACAAGAAAAUUUAAUUAAGAAACAUUUCCUCGGUGAUGUACUAUCUGUGGUUUUUGUAUAUCAGUGUUUUAUACAUACAAUAUUUAUAUAUAAUCAGUGCCUCUUAUUGAACUAUUAUAUUGAAAUCGCGAUGUAUCUAGCUAGACGUCAAAUUUGACACUUUAUUUCAAAACUGUCAUAUUUUUGACGUCAUAAUUUGCAUAUGCCACGAUUUCUAUAUCAUAGUGUUUAGGGGACCAGAUUUUUGGUAAAUCACUGUAAUAUAGGUUUUGAAAAAGUACCGCAAAGCGAUUUAUCGUUCUGGUACGUAGAAACUGAUGAGGGCUAGCAUGUUUGCAUCUCAUCCUCAAUCACUUCCCACUAAUGGGCACAGGCAUCUGUCAAAAGAGAAAAGGUUUUGGAGCGUAGACCCACCACUCUGCUCUGAUGCGGAUUGGUGCGUCAUAUUGCAUUGGUAUACCAAAAAUCUUAAAGUAAAGCUUGUUCUAAACCUUGUGACAAUCAAAAUCAUAAAGGGCAAAAAUGCAUUUUGUUACUGUGUGACGUCAAAAGAACUGUCAAGUUUCACGUCACAAAUCGCAGUGUCAGACAAUCAAUUCCUUUGUGUGGACGUCAGAACUUAUUCCGUUAGUGUUAUGUAAUAAGAGUGUAAAAUACUAGAGACGAGGUCAUAGACAAGUUGCUGCUAGCAUUGCGGUCUAAUGGGCUGCAAGUGAUCAGUAAGUCUGUAUCGCUUGAUCUGUCAAGACGUGUUACUUAAAACAAAUUAAUAUAAAAAUGCCUUCCUCUGUUCUCUGACUCUACGAUCAGUUGCGUCUCUAGUAUAAAUACUCUUUACUCAAUAGCGUUACACAAUGAAAUUUUAUUUCAAAACUUAAUUUAAACAAAAAAAAAAACAACACCUCGGUGAUGCAAAAUUAUAAUUUCCAUUAAAAAAAAACAAAACUAAAAGACAUAAGUAGUCCCUAGAAAUAUUAUUCCUAUUGUAUCUGUUUUGUUUGCGUUAAAAGCAAAUCUAUUUGAGAAUGUAUCAUUAUGAUUUUAAUUCAAAAAAUAUUUCCCCGCGUAUUUAUGUUGUUUUUAGUUGUUGGCAACUCUGAAUUGUUGCAACGCAUUGUUGCCACAUUAAAAAAAAUAAACAAUAAUUUUGGUAGUGUACCAUUUUUUUUUAUAAUGGCAACUAUGUUUUAGUUCGCAAUUUAGAGUAGGUAUUUAUAUGAUGUUGGAUAAAGUAACGAUGAAAAUACAAAAAAAAUGCAAAAGUAUA